CAGGCGGAUGCCCUAUGAUUCACAUACCAGGAUUCACAUACCCAGUGGAAGAGGUUUAUCUGGAGGAUGUCAUUGAAACAUUAAGGUAUUCCCCACCCGAGAACACUUCUAACAAACCACAGAGGAGAAUCUAUGGGAGGAGGAAAAGAGAGAUGUUGGCACAGAAAGAAGAAGAAGAGUGGCUGCUUAAUGAAUGGAUUGCCUCCAUACGUCACAAGUAUUCCCCUGAUACUCUACAGACCCUGAGAACAAUGGACUAUGACAAGAUAGACGUUAUGUUGAUAGAGCAGUUGAUCAAGUAUAUCAUCAAGACUAGUGAUGAUGGUGCCAUACUGGUGUUUUUGCCAGGGUGGGAAGACAUCAAGAAACUCAAUGAAGUUCUCACUGCAAACUUUAUGUUUAAAACAGGUAACUAG